CCCUCCCUUUCUAGUGCUUUCCUUUCCGUCCUCCUUGCAUCACCGGGACAUUUUAGGCUUCUGGUUCUGUUCAUCCCGCUCAUUUCGUCCCGACUCCUUGCGCUCCCACCCAUUCCCGUCUCUUCUUGUCUUGGAUCCCGUGACUCAAUUCAUCGGCGCGUUCGUCUCGUAUCGUUGGCCUCUAAAUCCUCUUUGAGGCUGAUUUCUAGGGUUUCUUUCGAUCGGGAUCACGUUCUUAUUUUGAUCCGAUGGGAGAAUCGACGAUGGAGGAGAUGCCCCUCCCUGCGCUAUUCGAGCAGGCAAGAAAGAUCCACUCCAUGGCAACGGAAUCCUCCGUCGACCAGGAGACUUUGAGGAAGGGAAUCGAGGCCCUGCGCCGCUGUGAUGAGAUGAUAAGCAAGCUGGGGUUAUUCUCCUCUAAUGAGACGAAGGAUGAUGUCAGCACUGCUAAUCUGAAAUAUCUCCUGGUAAAUCUAAUCUCUGCGACAAUUGAUUAAAUGUUCAGCUUUUCU